AUGAGCUCGGCAAUGAUCAAAUGCACUGGCUUAUACUACAUCAUCGAUCCGAAGAGCGCCAAGAUCAGAGGUCAUAACGUUUUUCACAUAACAGUAAUGGUCAUGAUCACGUUUACUGCGAUUUGUUUGUUGAUGUGCCCGUUCGGUCUUUACUACUGGGCAAACGAUGUGACGCAGUUCGUCCUUCAAUUUAUCGCACUCAUAAACUUUUUGUUUGGGUGCUUCAAAGCUUUUACAAUCGUCCGCCACUCUGAUGACAUUCGACGGUGUCUGGACAUCACGCGCUUCGAUUUCGUAUCCAGCGCCCGCGCGGAUCCCGAUUCGACCCGUUUCUUUCAAACGUGCCGCAACGUGUCGAUGAAAUUUACAGGUUGGUUCGCCGUUUGCAGUCAUUUCGUGUUGUUGAUGUGGACUCUGUUGCCUUUUGUCGUCGGCUCAUCGGUUGAAAUAAAGAACCGCGACAAUUCGAUCAGCAUCUACCACUUUAACCCGUACAACAUGUAUUUUAUGGUAUCUAGCGAAAUGUACAACGAAUGGCAUCUCAUCUUCCACCUGCUCGAAUGGAUGGUCGGGCUGUGUUUCGUACUUUUCAUGAUACUCUUCGACACUUUCAUGGUCAUAUUGUGCAACGCAAUAACGUAUCAGAUGAGAUAUAUUGCUGCUGCUUAUAGUAAAUUGGGACACAAUUGUCGUACGAUAUCAAAACCAUAUUUCGAUGGUGCAAUUGAAUCAGAUACUACAAAAAACGAAUGUUUAAACAAUUUGAAAUUGAUAAUUAAGCACCAUCAAGAAGUAUUGGGGAAAAUGAAUGAUUUUUAUAAAAUUGUUCGCCCAGUUAUUCUUCCUCAACUAAUCAUAGCUUCAUUUACAAUCUCAUUUGGUUCAUUUGUUAUAACUCAGAUUUAUUUUAAUGGUACGUUACUAACAUCAACGCAAUCGCUAAAAAUGUGUUCUUUUCCUAUAUUUUUCUAUCAAAUAUAUUAUACUUGUCUCGUAUUUGGAGAUGUUGAUAAACAGAAAUCCGAAAUGAACUUUGCACUCUACUCUAGUAACUGGACAAAAAUGGAAAUACAAUUUAAAAAGUUACUUUUAUUGGCAAUGAGAAUGCAUGAUGCCCACAAAUCGAACAUGAAACUAACAGCUGAAUUAAUUAUCAACUUAGAAAUAUUUACAAGAGUGAUCAAUUUAUGUUAUUCAAUUUUUUCGGUUUUAGUCAAGUCUCAAUUGAAAGUAACGAAUAAAUAA